AUGCCUUCGCGCUCUCGCCCAGGUCCUCCCGAGGAGGAGGAAGACUCGGGGCUUCGAAGUUUAUCCUUCAACCAGCCACUCUCAUGGCGCGUGGGGCGCUCCGCCAUCCCUAUCGCAGAUCUUCUCGAACGUCUACAGACUCUCGCGCAGGAGCUUCGCAAACUCGACCAAGAGGAAAUCGAUAAGGAAUCACUCCGAAAAGUAUCCCAGGAGCUUGCCAAUGGCAAUUUGCUUGCCCACAAAGAUAAAGGGGUGAGAGCGUGGGCCACGUGCUGUAUCGUCGAUGUUUUGCGACUCUGCGCUCCUGACGCGCCGUUCACGCGCAAUCAAUUGAAGGAUAUCUUCACCUGUAUUGUGUCCUCGAUCAUCCCCGCCUUGGCUGACCCGUCCAACGCCUACAAUGCUCAACAUAUCUAUGUCCUUGGAUCGCUCGCUGAGGUGAAGAGUGUAGUCUUGAUGGUUGAUCUCGACCACCCAGACUCCCUCAUUAUUCCAUUGUUCACUGGCUGCUUCGACAUCGUUUCCGGUUCAUCGAAAGCCUCCACCGGCGAGGAGGUUGCCAAGAAUGUUGAAUUUGACAUGACCCGUGUACUUGUUACGGUUAUCGACGAAUCGCUUGUUCUCGCCCCCGAGGUAGUGGAUAUCAUUGUCGCCCAAUUCUUGCGUGUGGACCCACGAGUCAUGGAGACUAAAAAAGGAAAGCGACCAGAGGCGCCUGUGGAUUCCAAGCAGGACACCCUUCUGCUCAAAGACUACCCCGCUGCCUAUAACAUGGCCAAGGCUAUCUGUCAGGCCUGCCCGGAGCGCAUGACCAGUCACAUUAGCCAAUACUUCAACAACGUGAUCAUCGAUGCGUCUGUACCAGCUGGCCAGGCAAAUGGCUCCAAACAUGGCGCCCGGAAACCCAACCUCGACGACUCAGACGAGGAGGGAGAGGAUAUCAAGGAAUUGAGCAAGGCGCAUCGCCUAAUUCGGGAAUUGUGGCGCGCCUGUCCUGAGGUCCUACAAAAUGUGAUCCCGCAAAUCGAAGCAGAGUUAUCAGCAGAAUCAGUGGCCCUGCGUUUGUUGGCCACCCAGACGAUCGGAGACCUCGCGGCUGGUGUCGGUGUUGCAGGUCCUCCUCCCCCACCCCCUAUGGAUCCAACGACCUACCCACCGGUGUGUCUAGUGGACUACGACAAGACAAUCCCCCAGCCCAAUGUUUUGUUGACCCCUGUCUCCCCCAAACCUUUCUCCCAAGUCCACAACUCCGCCUAUGAGGCUUUCCUCAGUCGUCGUCUUGACAAGACCCCAUCUGUUCGCGCCGCCUGGGUCACGGUCGUGGGACGAAUUCUUUUGACAUCAGCUGGAGGUUCUGGUCUCCAUGAAAGCGAAGAGCACACUCUGGUCAGAAACCUCGCUUCAAUGCUCCGCGAUGUUGAUGAGAAGGUUCGUGUGGCUGCAGUUGAUAUAGUUGGUCAGUUCGGGUUGUCCCAGAUUGUCCACAAGCUGAGCGUGGACGGUGGCUGCUCAUCCCCAGACUCGGUUCUGGCAAUUCUCGCUGAGCGAGUGAAGGAUCGCAAGCCCCAUGUACGCGAACACGCCAUGAAGAUCUUGGCUCGUAUGUGGGCUGUGGCGGCCGGUGAUAUCGAGCAAAACACUGAACCAGUUGUGUCUCUUCUCAAGGAUGCCCCGUCCAAGAUCUUUGAUGCGUUUUAUACUAAUGAUCAAGAAAUUCAUGUUUUGAUUGAUCGAGUCAUGUUUGAAACGCUUCUGCCUCUUUCAUAUCCCCCUAUCAAAUCGAAGCUCUCGCGAGGAAGCUCGAACCAAUCACAAAAGCAGAAGGAAAAAGAGAAGGAUAGUCAGGCCACAGAAUCCGAGCAAGAGACGGACGUGGACAAGAUUCGUGUUCGUCGAAUCCUCACCCUGCUCCGAGGGUUGGAUGAAAAGGCAAGGCGAGUCUUCUUCGUUAUGUUGGCCCGUCAAAUGUCUAUGCGGUCAGCUGUGACCCUUUAUCUGGAGGCCUGCGAGAAGUACAAUGGCGGGGUCGUCGACAAGGACGAGGAACAAGUAAAGAUACAACUGUCCAAGAUCAUUGACUCAUUAUCCAGAACAUUCCCAGACGCUUCACGUGCAUCAGCGGACUUGUGGAAGUUCGCCAAGGUGCACGAUCGACGCAGUUAUCAACUCGUUCGCUUCACAAUGGCCGCUGUGAGUGAUUACCGCACUGUUGUCAAAGCCACGAAAGAGCUGCAGCGGCGAGUACAGACCGCAAACAACUCCCCUCUCCUGGAGACCUUGACGCCGCUGAUCUAUCGAUGUGGAUCUUUGGUAUUCAACCGGAGUCACAUCCCCGCGAUUAUGAGCCUUUCCCGGACAGACGAAAAUGGAUUGGCCAACGCCGCCCAAGAGAUGUUGAAGCAGAUUUCAACUCAAAACCCAGAGGUUCUAGAAGCUCAGGUCCAAGAAAUGUGCAAGGACCUCGAGGCUCAAGCUCCUAAGGCUUCUUCGGUCGGUGACACUAGUGCGGAAGACAUUCUGAAGGCUUGUGCCGGCUUCGCUAAGAAGCUCCCCGCCAAGCUCCCCAAAGAACGCAAGUUCUACCAGGCUCUUACAAGCCACGCCCUAUAUAGUUCAUCGCCGCAUGCUGCUAAACAUGCUGUGUCAAUCCUUAUAGCCACUGCUGACCGGAAAGAGAUGUACGCCAAGGACUUGGUACAGAAGUGUGUCAAGAAGUGGACAUAUGGAUCUGAUCGGUUCCUCACUCGCCUGGCAACCUUGUCGCAGCUGAAUCUCCUCGCACCGAGGGAAGCAGAUGAGGAAAGUGAUGCCAUCAUCUCUAUUGCUAUCAACCAAAUUCUCCUCGCAAAUCGCACUCCUGAACCAGACUCAGGGUAUACUUGGUCGGAGACCACCGAUGAUGAGACUAAAGCUAAAGAAUGGGCACUGAAAAUCAUUGUCAAUCGCCUUCGGGCUAAGGACGGCGCGGACAGCGAAGCAGACUUCCGUGCUCAUGCCAAACCUGUCUACGAAACUUUGAAUAAGCUGGUGGCUGGUGAAGGCGAGAUCUCCAAGAAGAAGGACACCCCUGCAGGUCAGAAAUCGCGCCUCCGUUUGCUCGCUGCCAAGUCACUGCUCAAGCUGUGUGCUGGAAACACUGUCUGUGACAGCCUCUUGACGCCAGCUGAUUUCAACGCAAUCUCGUUGGUUGCUCAAGAUCCGCUCUUGCAGGUGCGAAGUGGGUUCAUCAGUCAUCUUAAGAAGAAGCUUGUGCAGAAGUCACACCUCAGCCACCGUUGGUACAUUGUACCGUGUCUGCUUGCCUUCGAGCCUGUUCACAGUUUGAAGGAAAGCACUCUCACUUGGCUGCGUUCCCGGGCGGCAUACUUCGCCCAGCAGGCCCAAGCUAGUGGGAAACGGACCGAGCAGACCAUGGUCAUGGAAUUGAUCUUCUCACGUCUAUUGUCUCUGCUUGCCUAUCACCCUGAUUACCCAUCUGAGGAUCUUGACGAGGCCACUAAAUUAGGCGACUUGACCGACUUUUCACAAUACAUCGUGUUCUACCUCUCCGCAGUUGCCAACGAACAUAACAUGUCGCUUAUCUUCCACGUUGGUCAGCGUGUAAAGCAAUUCCGCGAUGGCAUUACGCAAUCAGACGAGAUCUCUACCCGUCUUCACACGUUAUCCGAUCUGGCGCAAGCAACUGUCCGCCGCUUUGCAGACAUUUACUCCCAACAGCAUAAGUUUGGCGGUGCCGCCGGUGCCACCAACAUCUUGCAAACAUAUCCUGGAAAGAUGGGAGUUCCCAGCUCUCUCUUCAAUUCCAUGGGUAGCCACCGCGAGGCCCAAGAUGUCGCCGACAAGAACUUCCUCCCAGAUGAGCUGGAUGAUUUGCUGGACCGGGUCGUCCGAAAUGCAAUGAAGCCCAGAAGUAGCUCUGCGCACAGUACGCAGGGUGGCUUGGCAAAGAAGCGGAAGCCCGAGUCUCAUGAUACCAAUGGCAAACCCUCUGCGGCUAAGAAGGCCCGCAAAGACAAACCUGCUCGUACUCCACGCAAGUCUACCUCGUCUGUCGGUGCUGCUAAGCCCAAGCGAAAGUCAAAGGAUGAUGACGGCUGGUCUUCUGAUGAAGGCGCUAAAGAAGCCGUGCCCGCUUCCGCUCGCAGACGCAGCGUCAGAGGUACUGCUAAUCAAGAGAUUAGCUAUAUCGACAACGAUAGCGACGAUGCAGAUGAAGAAAUGGUAGAGUGGGACAAGCCGGAAGCCGAAGGCGAUGCUGAGGAUGAUGCUGAGGAAAGCGAAAACGAGGAAAUGCAGGACGAGGAUGACGACAAGGAGAAUAUCGAGGAUGAGCCUGAGGCCAGUGAGAAGGAACCUACGCCGCCUCCAGAGAAACGAGGCGGAAAGGCCAAGGAUACUAAGAAGCCUGAAGCAAAGAAGACGCAAUCCACUUUGCCAUCCCGACGCUCCUCCCGUCGUGGAUAA